CUCCGCCUUAAAUGUACCCAAUAACUUGGCCUCCACAACGGUCUACGGCAAUGAAUUCCAGAUUCACCGCCUUCUGACUAAAGAAAUUCCCCUUCAUCUCAGUUCGAAAGGGACGCCCUUGAAAUAAGAAUUCCCUAAAAUAAGGCUGUGUUUCUGGGGAACGCUGUGGAAUUAGCUGCGAUUGUGGUGUUCAGUUUGCAGGGGAAUACUGGCGAAGAGCUUCAGCUGAACUGCUCCGCCGAGUGUUUCAGAGCUACUACGGAGAUGCUGCAAUCAGACAAACGGAAAGUCACGCCCUCCGGCCCCUGGGUGGGUUUAUGUAUUUGUCCUGUUUAAAGACCUGGAGAAACGGCGAGAGGAUGUCACUUGUUGCUGGACUGACUGGCUCAGCAGUGAAAUAAUGGAAACUGCAUUUUACUGUGUCCGGGCCAAAGUCACACAGACUUGCCACUGCUACAGGGGGAGGCAAGCAGAGACAGGGAACUCCGGACCGACUCAGAGUUCCCCGGCGUUAUGGAGACCUUGGGUUGUCACAGCCAGAGACACGGAAAAGCGCAAGCGGAGCUCGUUGGACUCAGUUCCUGGUGGUUCAGAGAGCGGGCAAUCCUUAGGAUUUAAACACCCCGUCAGGCUAUACCUGCCCAGAUCUAAGGCUGACCAUUACCUGCACCUCAUGGGAGAAAAGGUACUGGCGAGUUUUCCCGUCCAGGCAACAAUGCACUUUUAUAAUGACGACUCGGACACGGAAGAGGAGGAGGAGCAGGAGGAAUUCCUGUCCCUUGACUUGGAAUCGGAAGAUGCUCCGGAAGCAACGGAGAUGUUUUGGAAACAGUGAGCGGAGUCAGCGGCGGAGAUGGAUCGGCUUCAAAGCGGAAAGGAUGUCUUCCGAAAGUGAUAUCAUGACAACAAUCCUGAACCGACUCAACUCUCAGUUCACUACCUACAACUGCUGCAAUUGCAAUUAUUAUUUGCAUUUAUCAUUGCAAGGAAAUGACAAUUUGCACUGUUGUGUAUGUAUAUAUAUGAAUAUAUUUUCUACGUUUAUUUUAUUACUGUAAGAAGUUUAAAAAUAAAC